CAGAACCACUGGCUUCGGGUUUGAGUUACCGGGCGUGGCGGGCUGGUGUGGUGCAGGUGAACUCUGGCUUGUGAGAAAUGUGGAUCACCUGCCUCAGACCUUCUGCCCCUUGGUUCAAGUGGAAGUGACCUGCUCCGCCCACUUCGUAGUGUGUUUUCCAAGAAUGUUUGGAAGCUAUAGCGUACACCGUUAUUAAACGAAGUUGUAUAAUGUCUCAAAUGUCUGGGCAUCCAAUAGAUACAGUAUUCUCUACUGGAGGGAACACAUUUGGGACUACAUGAAUGAAAAUGAAAACCCGAGAUAACAAGGAUGGGUUUGCCUUCUCUGUAGCAACCACUGGGAAACUGGAGAUUAAAAGUUGAAAAACGUCGUAGUUAUGGUAUAGAUGUGUGAGUUCUCUGUUACAGGUUGUUUAGAUAAACUUCAGUGAAAUGACUCUUCAGGAAUUGGUGCAUCAGGCUGCCUCUCUGUAUUCGGAUAAAGUAGCUGUGUGUUUUGAUGAAUGUAACAACCAGCCUCCACUUUAUUGUACCUACAAGACUGUGGUUACUGUUGCUUCGGGAUUAUCAAAUUUUCUUCUGUCACACUGUGACUUUGAAGGAAUUCGAGAAAUUGGUCUCUACUGCCAGCCUGGAAUUAAUUUACCCUCUUGGAUUUUAGGAAUUCUCCAAGUCCCUGCUGCUUAUGCUCCUAUUGAUCCAGAUUUACCAUCAUCACUAUCAACUUAUUUUAUGAAAAAAUGUAACCUAAAGUAUAUCCUUGUUGAAAAAAAGCAAAUUAAUAAAUUCAGGUCUUCCUAUGAAACAUUAUUGAACUAUGAUACAUUUACAGUUGAACAUAAUGACCUAGUACUCUUCACACUUCAGUGGGAAAAUGGUGAGGUGAACUUGAUGCUAAGUGAUAGAAAAGAGCGCUAUGAAAAAGAAACGAUAAAAGACAGCGUAAGUUCCGAGGACUGCAAUGAAGAAAAAGCGGAAGAACACAUGGACGUGAGGCUGAAGCAUUGCUUAGCCUAUGUUCUCCAUACCUCCGGGACUACAGGAGUGCCGAAGGUCGUCAGAGUGCCUCACGACUGUAUAGUACCAAAUAUCCAGCAUUUCCGGAUACUUUUUGACAUCACACAAGAAGAUAUUUUAUUUCUGGCUUCCCCUCUGACCUUCGAUCCUUCCAUUGUGGAAAUAUUUGUUGCUUUAUCGAGUGGUGCCACUCUACUUAUUGUACCAACUGUUGUCAAGGCGCUCCCAUCAAAAUUAGCUGCCGUUCUCUUUUCCCAUCACAGAGUGACUGUGUUGCAGGCAACACCAACAUUGCUUAGAAGAUUUGGAGCUCAGCUUAUCAAAUCAAGUGUUUUAUCAGCCAAUACUUCCCUUCGAGUAUUAGCUCUUGGUGGCGAAGCAUUUCCAUCAUUGACUGUUCUCAAAAGCUGGAGAGGAGAAGGCAAUAAAACACACAUAUUUAAUGUUUAUGGAAUCACGGAAGUAUCAAGUUGGGCGACCUUUUAUAGAAUUCCAGAGAAGAUUCUUAACUCUACUUUGAAAUGUGAAAUGCCUGUACCACUGGGAUUUCCACUGCAUGGAACAGUAGUUGAAGUCAGAGAUACUAACGGUUGCACAAUUCAAGAAGGCAAUGGCCAAGUAUUUUUAGGUGGCAGAAGCAGAGUGUGUUUUCUUGAUGAUGAAGUGACCGUACCUCUUGGCACAAUGCGAGCCACAGGAGACUUUGUGACUGUGAAAGAUGGAGAGAUAUUUUUCUUGGGACGAAAAGACAGUCAGAUCAAACGUCAUGGCAAACGUCUUAACAUUGAACUUGUGCAACAGGUUGCUGAAGAGCUUCAGCAAGUGGAAUCUUGUGCAGUUACAUGGUAUAAACAGGAAAAAUUGCUUCUCUUCAUUGUGUCCAAAGACAGUUUAGUAAAGGAUUACGUCUUUAAAGAACUGCAGAAACAUCUUCCAAGUCACGCGAUCCCAGAUGAACUUGUAUUGAUUGAUGUACUGCCAUUUACAUCUCAUGGCAAGAUUGAUGUUUCUGAGUUAAACAAGUUAUAUUUGAACUACAUACACUUGAAGUCUGAGUAUAAGCUCAACGGAAAAGAGGAACUUUGGGAAAAAUUACAGUAUUUCUGGAAGUCUAUUCUGAGUCUCUCUGAAGAUCUUUUGAAGGUUCCUGAUGAGUCAUUCUUCUUAAAUAGUGGUGGCGAUUCCUUAAAGUCCAUACGACUCCUCAAUGAGAUUGAAAAACUUAUUGGUGUAUCCGUACCCGGGCUUCUGGAAAUGAUUCUCAGCAGUUCCCUUUUAGAAAUUUACAAUCACAUCCUUCAAACCGUGUUUCCAGAUGAAGAUCUGACACUCAGCAAGAGUUGUACCACAAAAAGGAAACUCAGCGACAUUAAUCAAGAGGAAGCUGGUGGCAAAUCUCUGCAUCAGAAAUCUGCCAUACCUUUAAAUUGCGACAGUGAGAUUAAGGCCUUUGUGCUCAGCAGGGGGAAUCAGGUUUUGUCUGUGGACCCUACUAUGUCUUUAACUAAGUUAGGAAACUGCCCUUCCGUCUGUUCUUCUGAUUUAAUUUUACAGACAAACAGUCAAAAUUCGAAAAGCUUAAAUCCUCCAGCUCUUGUCAGGAAGUCAAAAGACCUAUUCUUUGUUGCAGAAGUUUCUGAAAAGGGGAAACCUGUGGCAGAGCCUGAGAAAACAGAGUUAUGCGUGCGGUGGAGGUCGGACACAGGCAAAUGUGUAGACGCUUCACCACUAGUUGUGAUACCAGCUUCUGAUAAGUCCUCUGCGACUGUGUACGUUGGUUCCCAUUCUCACAGAAUGAAGGCAGUUGACCUUUACUCAGGGAAAGUGAAAUGGGAACAGAUUUUGGGAGAUCGAAUUGAAUCUUCAGCAUGUGUAUCUAAGUGUGGAAACUUUAUUAUAGUGGGCUGUUAUGAUGGAUUAGUUUAUGUUCUAAAAAGUAGUACUGGAGAAAAGUACUGGAUGUUCACUACGGAAGAUGCUGUCAAAAGCUCGGCAACAGUGGAUCCAACCACAGGACUCCUGUACAUUGGCUCUCAUGACCAGCAUGCAUAUGCUUUAGAUAUUUAUAGUAAGACAUGUGUUUGGAAGUUAAAAUGUGGAGGAACUGUCUUUUCUUCUCCUUGUCUGAGCCUGAACCCCCAUCAUCUGUACUGUGCUACACUGGGAGGACUUUUACUGGCUGUAAAUCCUGCUACUGGGAACAUAAUUUGGAAACAUUCCUGUGGAAAGCCACUCUUCUCUUCUCCGCAGUGUUGCUUACAAUAUAUUUGCAUUGGCUGUGUUGAUGGGAAUUUACUCUGCUUUACUCACUUGGGAGAACAGGUUUGGCGAUUCUCCACCGGUGGACCAAUCUUUUCAUCCCCAUGUGUCUCAGCAUCAGAGCAAGACAUAUUUUUUGGUUCCCAUGAUUGCUUUAUCUACUGUUGUGACAAGAAAGGUCACCUCCAGUGGAAAUUUGAAACUACUUCACAGGUAUAUGCAACACCAUUUGUUUUCUAUAACCAAGAUCAUAGCAAUGAAAUAUUGCUGGCAGCAGCAUCUACAGAUGGGAAAUUAUGGAUCCUGGAUUCUCAGAGUGGACAGCUGCAAAGUGUGUAUGAACUUCCUGGAGAGGUCUUCUCUUCUCCUGUGGUCUGGGAAUCCAUGCUCAUUAUUGGAUGUAGAAAUAAUUAUAUUUAUUGUCUGGAUUUAUUAGGUGGCAAUAAAAAAUAAUCAGGUACAAUCCUUAUUAGUGUUUAUCUGUGAGAUGGUUGAAAAUAUUUUACCAUAGGCCGGGUGCAGUGGCUCAUGCCUAUAAUCCUAGCAUUCUGGGAGGCUGAGGCAGGUGGCUAGCUUGAGCUCACGAGUUCGAGACCAGCUUGAGCAAAAGUGAGACCCUAUCUCUACUAAAAAAAAAAAAGAAAGAAAAAUAGAAAAACUGAGGCAAGAAGAUUGCUUGAGCCCAAGAGUUGGAGGUUGCUGUGAGCUGUGAUGCAACUGCACUCCACCCAGGGCAACAGCUUGAGACUCUGUCUCAAACAAAAAGAAAAUAUUAUCAUUAUAGAGGAGGUGGAUAGUCUUAUUCUAUAUUAAAGAUCAUUCUUUGAUUAAGAAACUGAAACUUGUCUAGACCUUAUUGGAGAACAACCAUAGUUUACUUCCUGUCAGAACGAAAGCUUUUAGGAGUUAGAGAACAGAUCAAUUAUUAUUUCGUAGCAUUUUCUUUAAUUAGAUGUGAUUAUUGAUUUUAUGUGCCAACUUGACUGGGUUAAGGGAUGCCCAGAUAGCUGGCAAAACAUUAGGUAUAUCACAGUAGAACCUUUGUAAGUUGACCAUUCAAGGGACUGUAACAAACUGGUCAGCUUAUGAAGGUGGUGAAUAUGAGGGACUAGCCUACCGUACUGAUACAUGUGGUGCACGUCCAGUCUGUGAAAAUUAGGUCAACUGAGGAGGUUCUUCUGGUUAACAAAAGAUGAAUACAAGUCACGUUGAGCACCUCUUGUAAUUGCAAAAGUCAAAAUGUGACUUUUGAGUAUUACAAAUUUAAUGCACUUUUUUUCUUUCUUAAAAUAUGUAUACAUUUUUUGGCACUGUGUGUGUGUGUGUGUAAAAUCUCUCCUUUAUGUUUCUCUGGAGAAACCUGGGUAAUAUAUUAGGCUAAUUUUAUUCGUUCAUUUUUAAAGACCUCUGUGGAGGUAAAAAAGGAUCAAAAUAUACUUGGGUUAAAAACUUAAGUGUUUUUUUUUUUUUUUUUUUUUGGAAACACGGUCUGCCUAGUGUCCAGUGGCAUCACAAGAGCUCACAGUAACCUUAAACUCCUGAGCUUGCAUGAUCCUCCUAUCUCAGUCUCUUAGGUGCACAGUACCAUGCCCAGCUAAUUUUUCUUUUUGUUUGUUUUUUGCAGUUUUUGGCCGGGGCUGGGUUUGAACCCACCACCUCCGGCAUAUGGGGCCAGCUCCCCACUCCUUUGAGCCACAGGCGCCACCCUAAUUUUUCUAGAAACGAGGUCUUGUUGCUCAGGCUGGUCUCAAACCCUUGACCUCAAAUGAUCUUCCUGUCUUGGCCUCUCAGUGCUAGAAUUAUGGGCCUGAGCCACCAUGCCUGGUCAAAAACUUGGUCUUGUUAUAUCAUUCACUCAUUUAAACCUAGAUUCAUGGCAAAAGAUUUUCAAAGGUAGGCUAUCUUUAUUAGGUUCCUUAUUUGGUAUUUUUAAAUGAACAGAAGUACCAAUGUAGAACAAAAACAAAACACACACAUACACAGAGUGUAAUUUCAAGUUGGCAUGUGGCAUUCAUUGUUCCUGGCCAUAGAAUUCAAGUCUUCUUUGUAAUUCUUCACCAAGCAGGAGAAAACACAGUCACUGCCCUUUAAGUUUUAAAUGCUCAACUUACGACUAACACCAUUAACACUGUUUCCCAUCAACAGCAUCACCAUCAGACUGCCUUACAGUUACCCCAUCUUUUGACCAGCUGCUCCCAAUUCAGUCUUUUCCAAAUCAAAGUGAGACAGGUUGUAUGCCCCCAAGAGUAUAAUGAAGCAUGUAGCAGGCAUUCCAUCUGUGGUGGGAGGUAGGUGGUGCCUCCCAAUAAAAGCAUGAAUUGGACCAUUCCCCCCAACACAAGGGAUUUAGGUUCUUGGCUGGCCUAAAAGAAUGACCUUUCACCUAAAAGAUGAUCUUCCACCUUUUAGAUCAGUGCUUUUCAAGUCUUAGUGUACAUAUUCACCAUCAGGGCUGAGAUAAGAGUUCUCAAGCUAUCCUGGUGCCUGAAACCAAAGGAAGAGAUCAGUAAUACCCUGUCCUUUUGGCAGCCGAGGCCAGAGCUUCUGUUGCCUCGCUCACUUCACCCUGGUUGGCUCUGGGUGUGCGGUGUGUGGCAGUCAGCUUCACUUCUCCCACUCUCAGUGGGCUGGUGCUGCUGGUCUGUGGCCCACGCUCUAGUUGUAAGGAGGCUGUAGGAUCAUUUUAUCUGAGGCUCUAACCGUUCAAUUCAGGACUGAGAUAAACAUUUUAUUGCCCCUAGUCUUUAUUUUUCUCUAAAAAUAUCUAGAGAGAAAUAAAGUACCAUAUAAAACACCCUGAACUUUUUUUUUUUAGAGACAGAGUCUCACUUUGUCUCUUGUGGUAGAGUGCUGUGGCAUCGCAGCUCACAGCAACCUCAUAGCAACCCUAACUUGGGCUUAGGCGAUUCUCUUGCCUCAGCCUCCCGAGCAGCUGGGACUACAGGCACCCGCCACAACGCCUGGCCAUUUUUUUGUUGCAGUUUGGCGGGGGCCUUUGAACCUGCCACCCUCAGUAUAUGGGGCCAGUGCCCUACUCAACACCCUGAACUUAUUAUUUAACAAAAGCUAUGUAAAUAAAUACUACCAUGAGAUCGUCUGUAGAUGGUCAUCAAAAUCAAAGCCCAUCAGUGCCAAAGAUCUUGUGGGUAUUUUUUAUUGAAAGACCUUUUCCCUUCAAUAAUGGACAUUUUACAUUAAAACUUUAUACAACUAAGACCUCAAAAUAAUAUUAAAAUCACAAUAACAUAUUUUCAUUAAGUCUACUUAAUUUUAUUGUUGGUAAAAAUAUUGCAGGACAGUUAACUAAUGUUUCUGCUAUAAAAUAAGCAAACUAAACAUCACAGGAAGAGACAAUACACACUAAACAUUUGCAGACAACUGGCCAAAAUGAUUAAUAGUAAUUAAUGUUCGUGUAAGAAACAAUUGCACUUGAAAAAUUAAAAAAGUAAACAAAACCCUCUAAGUUUUAUAUAUAGUCUAUGAAUAGAGGUUAAUCAUCUAUAACCUGGCCAGGAGAAAUGUAUGUUUAAAU